UACGCUCGGCUGCUUCGUCCUCGGCUUCGCCCAGCCAGCCGCAGCCCGGUCACACUUGCAUUCACACGCGCACGCACGCACGCACUUCGGGACCCGCGCUCCUCUCGCUCGCGCCCUCCUCCUUCCUCCUCCCCCUCCUCCCCUUCCCUGGCUGGCUGGCUCCCGCACUUUCGCACACGCGCCGCCUCUGUCACACACGUACACUCACACUCACACACACACGCGUGCGCUCACUCACCCGGGCUCGGUCGGUCUGAGGCGCGCUCGCUGCACUUCCCCAGCCCCUCAACCAGCUCGGCAGAUGGCAGCUCCCGGCGCGGGCUUUUGGUCCUUCGGGUCCGAAGAGGGUUCCGGAGACCCGGACAACCCCGGUCCAGCAAAAGCUUGGUGUCAGGCUGCCCAGAAGUUUACAGGAGGCAUUUCUACCAAACUCUGUGCGCUGCUGUACGGAGAUGGGGACAAACCCAUGGAAACCGGAGCUACUAAGGAGGAACCGACGUUGAGAAAGGCGGCUUGCAGCUGCAAUAAAAAGCCUUGCGGCUGCCAGAAAGAAGACAUUAAUUAUGCUUUUUUACACGCCUCAGAUCUCCUGCCAAACUCUGAGGGAGAAGCAGCUACGUUGUCUUUCCUACAAGAUGUUGUGGACAUUUUGCUCCAGUACCUGGUGACAAAUUUUGAUCGCUCAACCAAAGUGAUUGAUUUCCAUUAUCCAAACGAGCUUCUUCAGGAAUAUAACUGGGAAUUGUCUGAUCAACCCCAGACUAUGGAAGAAAUUCUCCUACAUUGCAGGACCGCGUUAAAAUACGCCAUUAAAACAGGACAUCCCAGGUAUUUCAAUCAACUAUCAACUGGAUUGGAUAUGGUUGGAUUAGCUGCAGAUUGGCUAACUUCUACAGCCAACACUAACAUGUUCACCUAUGAAAUUGCUCCAGUGUUUGUACUUUUGGAGUAUGUCACAUUAAGAAAAAUGAGGGAAAUUGUUGGCUGGCCAGGGGGUGCUGGCGAUGGAAUAUUUUCUCCUGGUGGUGCCAUAUCUAACAUGUAUGCUAUGUUGAUUGCACGUUUCAAGAUGUUCCCAGAAGUUAAGGAGAAAGGAAUGGCAGCUAUUCCAAGACUGGUUGCCUUCACAUCGGAGCAUAGUCAUUUUUCUGUGAAGAAAGGAGCAGCAGCCUUAGGAAUUGGUACUGACAGUGUGAUUUUAAUCAGGUGUGAUGAGAGAGGGAAAAUGAUCCCAUCUGAUCUUGAAAGGAGAAUCAUUGAGGCAAAGCAGAAGGGAUUUGUUCCUUUCCUAGUAAGUGCCACAGCAGGAACCACAGUAUAUGGGGCAUUUGAUCCACUGAUAGCGAUUGCCGAUAUCUGCAAAAAGUACAAGAUCUGGAUGCAUGUUGAUGGAGCAUGGGGCGGUGGGCUGCUGAUGUCAAGGAAACAUAGAUGGAAAUUAAAUGGUGUUGAAAGGGCCAAUUCUGUGACAUGGAAUCCACAUAAGAUGAUGGGGGUCCCUCUGCAAUGCUCUGCGUUGCUUGUUCGAGAAGAGGGACUGAUGCAAAGCUGCAAUCAAAUGCAUGCUUCCUACCUCUUUCAACAAGACAAGCACUACGACCUGUCAUAUGACACUGGAGACAAGGCCUUGCAAUGCGGCCGCCACGUUGAUGUCUUCAAACUAUGGCUGAUGUGGAGGGCAAAGGGCACUAUAGGUUUUGAAGCACACAUCGACAAGUGUUUGGAACUUGCCGAGUACUUGUAUAAUAAAAUAAAGAACCGAGAAGGCUUUGAAAUGGUGUUUGAUGGAAAGCCUCAGCACACAAAUGUUUGCUUUUGGUACGUGCCACCCAGUUUACGGAUUAUGGAGGAUAAUGAAGAAAGAAUGAAUCGCCUCUCAAAGGUGGCCCCUGUAAUUAAAGCCCGGAUGAUGGAGUGCGGUAGCACUAUGGUCAGCUAUCAGCCCCUGGGAGACAAGGUUAACUUCUUCCGCAUGGUUAUCUCCAAUCCAGCAGCAGCUCACCAAGACAUCGAUUUUCUGAUUGAGGAAAUAGAGCGCCUUGGGCAAGAUUUAUAGUCAUGUGGUCUGCCAGACCCUUCUGAAAUGUCUCUAGGUAGACAAUUAAGUUGUCACAAACUGUGGUGAAUGUAUUUGUAGUUUGUUCCAAAGUGAAUCUAUUUCUAUAUUGUGGCGUCAAAGUAGAGUGCAAUUUAAAAGGGAGAAUGUUGCUCCUCUUCCAAAGUCUUUUCCUUCCCUUGAGUUUGUGAAUACCUCUUUCCCAUGAAGGUAAUAUACAAAAGGCUGCAUUCAUAUGAAUCAGAAAAAGACAUGUUCACAGAGUCACUCUCCAAAUUUAGUACAGUUAGUAAAAUGUGAUAGUUUAUGCUAAAAGUAGUCAAAUAAAAUAGACUUGCUCCCAGAUAAUUACACAAGAAAAUGAGGGGCAAUGUACAGUGUAACACAAAAAUAUGCUUUAAAUGAAGAAACUUUGCCUUUUUGUUCUUAGUCUAUUAGAACAGAAUUUCUAAUUUACAUGCAGACAU